AUGGUUCAUCAACAAAUUUCUGUAAGCAAUAGAGGAGGAGGAAUUAGUCCAGGACUUCAGGUCUUAGCUACAAUAAGAUACCUUGCUAAAGGAGCAUAUGAGCAAGACAUAGGUGAUAUACAUGGUAUUUCUCAGUCAUCCAUGAGCAAUAUUAUAACUAGAGUAGUAAGAGCAAUAGCAGCAUAUAGGGAACAGUAUAUAUCUUUUCCUGAAGGACCGGAAGUUGAUGUUGUAAAAGAAGAUUUUUUUCACAUUGGCAAUUGUCCAUCUAUAGUGGGUGCGAUCGACUGUACCCACAUUAAAAUUAAAUGUCCCGGAGGAGAUAACCCUUUAUUGUAUAUCAAUAGAAAAGGAUAUUACUCCUUAAAUGUUCAGGUCGUUUGUGAUGCAAAGUGUAAGAUACGAGACAUUGUUGCAAGAUGGAGGGGUUCAUCUCAUGACUCAAGAAUUUGGAGCCAAUGUUCAUUACGAAGAAAAUUUGAGAAUGGGGAAAUAAAUGGUAUUUUGCUUGGUGAUAAUGGAUACACAUGUACAAGAUAUUUACUGACUCCUCUCUUAAAUCCAGUCACUGAUGCAGAGGAGGCAUAUAACAGAAGUCACAUUCGCACUAGAAACGUGAUCGAGAGAUUGUUUGGCCAAUGGAAAAACAAAUUUCGUUGUUUUUUUAAUGGCAUGCAAGUAAGUCUUGAUACUGCAAAGGCAGCGAUUAUAGCAUUAGCUAUAAUUCACAACAUGUGUAUUGAUGAUAAUCAAGAAAAUUCAGNUUUCUGUAAACUGCAUAUUUAA